GUUCUCUUGUUAUUACAUUUAAACUGUUAUAUUUUAUUAUAAUUAUGUUUCUCCUUGUGUCAGUGUGUGUGUGAGUUGUGAUUGGAUCAAAAUGAUUAUGGUUCUCGAAAUGGUAACAACGUAAAGGGGUCUUUAAGUACACAAAGUAACAGGGUAAUUAAUACUUGCAUUCAAGGCAAAAGUGAAUCGUCAUCAGUGCAAGAUGGGCAGUCGUCUACUUAAUAUGUUCAGAUCAUCAAAUAAUAGCGUUAGCACUAAAAGCUUGCCACUAUAUGACUUUAAACUAUGUAUUUUUAUCGAAUCUAAGCACACUUUCUGUUACAUUAGCGAUGCAGAAAAUAUUUCCAGUCUGCGUCUUAUCAAUAUGUUUAAACAUAACUUUGAAACGUUCAGCAAAUACGGAACCGAAAGAAAUAUUAGAGUGAUUUUUGAAAGCUUCUUAUCCCAUCUUUCGAAACCGACAAACAAAAGCUCAGACCUAAACCGAUUGGAAUGGACUGUUGUUUUACCAGAAAUACAAUCUGAGACCGCUGUUCUCGCUAUUCGUAGUGCAGCCAGGUAUAUGCAUAUCCCUGAAACGACGCUUGAAGUUGUACAUCGGUCUUCAGUAUUAUUGGCAUGCGUUUUAGAAAUGGUACCAACAGAUCAAAAGUAUUCACUUUGGAAAGGUGUUUUAUUGGUGACUUCUGAUCCCGAUAUAAAGAUCCGUGCGUAUGAACGACAAGCAAGUUAUACCUUAUGUGAGGUUUUUCCAGAAAUAUUACUUCCCUUUACUAUUGACAGUCCCGGUAUUCAAUGUGACAUGCGAGACCAUUUAAUGAACAUUGGCGAUUGGUUAUGCGUAAUCUGUGAAAGUCCAUUACAUGGUAAUGAUACAUCAAGAGUAGUACGUGAUUUUUUGAAUUAUAUUUUCAUAUUCGACCUAGAUAGAACAAAAACGUUUCAGUAUACCUAUGGGAUCUCACUUUGCAAACCUUUCCAAGAAGGCGUACACAGAGAAGAAUUAAAGUUAAACUUCAAUCCCGAAGGCACUUCUUCUGAAAAUAAAUGUGUGGGCGUUUUUCAAACUAUCAUUAGCAAAGGAGAACAUCUUUUAUAUGAAAACCAAUCAUACAGUUGGACAGAAUUAGCGACGUUUUACAAUACACGAAUCAAGAUGAAACCGCACAACCUUCUUCUUUGGAAAUCCAUCUCGGAAUCACGGAGGUACAGCAGCGAUCCAGGAUGUGAACCAGUGGCCAGAUUUUGUGUUUAUCCUCCUUCAGAAGGGUGGUCAGACACUGCAGAAUUUCUAUACACUCUUACUUUCAUUAACAAUUGCCCCCGUGUAGAGGUGAUGGAUGCUAUUUCUCACCAAACAUUUAAGACCGAACUGAAGCAGUUGGUAUACAAAAGUGAUGAGAGGUCCUUUGAAGUGCCUCUUUCAAAACAAACACUGAGUACCGAUAUGGAGCAGUUGGCACUCAAAGUUGAUGAGAUUUGCCUUGAAGUUUCUCAAAGUGACAUUUUAGAAGCUAUGCUAUCCUUCAGUAUAUAUCCAUCAAAAAACUACAUUAUUGAAAGAAGGGCAAAAUAUGCAUAUGGAUGCUUUAAAUAUGCACGGCCAUGGGGAGAGUUACAUACACUGAUCAAUAUAGGCGAUAUAUUGAGAUACAAUGAUGAUUUCUCAGUAAGCAGGCACAUAUUGCAUGAAAGAACACGGAACAAAUUUAGUGUGUUUGCUGUUUGGCGGUCAAUGGUUGAUCAGCCUCGGUACUGUGAAGAAAAAACUACGAAGGCGGUUGCUGAAAUUAUAGUCGAUAUCGAACCCAAAAGAACGCCGUGUACAAUUGAAUGGGAACAGGUGCUUAUUGUUAAAAGCACCGAACUAGUGUACAGGGUUACGAACAAAACCGACGGAAAACGAUAUGAAACAUAUGUCGAUUACUAGGCUGCUGAAAUUUCUUAAAUCCUACAUAAAUACAACUAGACAUGUAGACGAAGGCAGUUGUAUAUUCUAAACUGACUUAUAAGUGCAGGACGUUAUAAAAAUACAUACUACAGUGAAAAUUACAGGGACAAGUUCAUAUAUAAACCCUGUUUAGGGGCACAAAGCAAGGGCCCAAAACGACAAUCAACUAGACACAAACAUAUGAACGUGCAUCCUCAGGGGCGUAGCUUGGCCUAUUAAAAAGUAUAGGCCCACUUGGUAGGGGGGUUUGAGGGACCUCUCCCUGGAUUUUUUUUUACUCCAGAUCGAAUAUGGUGCGUUUUAGCGUAUAUCUUGAGCCUUUUUAGUCAUCGAAAUUUGCUUUAUAUUGCACUUCACUAAACUUUAUUGUUGUCUUGCUCAUGAUGUACAAUAACAGAACUGAAAUUCAAAACUGAUUAGAAAAAAUAUGUUUAGUUAACCUGUAGUGUUUACUUGAAUGUUAAUUCAGCUGUCACCCCCUUUCCUUUCAGUUAUUAUUGCAGAUUUGGACGUUUUGUAUUUUUCAUUUUUGGAAACGAAGUGUAGGCCCGGGCCUACCGCGCCUAUUGGAGCUACGCCGAGGAUCCUUGUUAAGAUAAUGCAUUCAUAAUGAACAAGAACACUCCCAACCUCCCCCGGCAAUGUCUUGCCAAUACAAGUAUAUAUCCAUUACACUAAAUAUUAAUUGAUACUUUACCCUUGAAACGUAUUUUUGUCUCCAUAUUGAAUUUCAGUGUCGUUAUGAUAUGUAUAAAUUGACUAUUUCUGUAGUAUAAUUGAUAUUACCUAAUAUAUGAUUACCUUUACUUGUGUGACAUGCAAAUCUGAUACUACUAUCACUCUGUAUAACAUUGAACUUGUACCCGGUAUGUUUUCACGAAACAAUAUAUAACCAGACAGAGCCCCUAGUGUUUUAUACCGCUGUCUGAGUAACGUAGUUGACACGGUGUGAUACUGCCCCAUUUUGUAGACGGGAUAAAACAACAGUGGCCCUGCUAAGCUUUUAUACAUGUAUAUAUAAUUAUUAUAUUUCGUACUAUUAAUCAGUUAUUUCGAAUUCCUGUACCCGAUUAGCAAUAAUUUAACAUGCGUUUUAUAUACAUCCUAUUCAUGUUGUUGCAUACAUUGUAAUCUGAAUAAUUAAA